AUGCCCACUCUCUGGCUCGUUACUCUGAGCCACAAUCUCCAAAAUAUUAUGAGCAGCAGCGCAGCAAGUCUGACUCCAGAGCCAAGUGUGAGAGUAGCAAGUGGUCGGCUCAUCAGCAUGUUAGCCGAUAGCCGUGCGCGGACUCAGCUUUCUACGUCAAAAGACUCGUCCAGAGAUUAUUCUGGUCAGCGAGCAACGCAACCUUGCUCUAAUGGACCACCUACUCCGGAAGGUUCUGCGGCUUCAGAGGGGGCGCCAACGAAGGGUAGCCUGGGCCCCAGGAUCUGGACGGGAACGCACUUCCUGCCUCGGUUUGUUCGGGCUGCUGAUGUUCCGGGAGAAGGCAUGUGCUAUUUCUAUGACGACGGAAGCCACUGCAAGACCGUGAUCGAUGGUGAGGUCGUGAAUGCCAACUGGGGUGUGACCAAAGCCGGCAAACCUCGAAAAAGGUUGGCCAUAGCCUGCAUUACCUGCCGCCAAGGGGCGAAAGAUGGUGGGAUCGUCGAGACAGAACGACGGGAGACUCUCAACCAAUGGACCAACGUCUCCAGUUUCACCGCGGGUUGUUCUGCAGCAACCUUCUCCAGAAACGGGCUUCUGCAGCAACCUUCUCCGGAAACGGGCUACAGCAACAAGAGGCUCAAGAUCGGUUCUGAUGCAUAUGCAACAAAUGGCGAGCCAUCAGUAGCAACGACCCAGCCGAUGGAUCACUCAAAGUCUUCGCUGUCCAUUCAACAAUCAUCUUCGGAGCUGCCUCGAAUACCUGAUGAUGUGCUGCAUAGGGCAUGGCGGACGGAUCCCUAUGUGUCCAAUCCACAGUCUAUUAGCACAGUUCUUUCACAAUUCUUCGGCCACAUCGACAACGCUAUCGUUAUUCGGUUCCUCCCCGAGGAUAUCUUCAAAUCGUGGGUCGCCAGCUCUGCCCAUCGAAAGUCGCCAGACGAUAUGAUGCUCUUAUACAGCAUCUUGGCGAUCGGUGUGGUCUUGUCUGGCGGCCCUAGGGACACUGCUUUUGAGUACGCACAAGUCGCUCAUUAUGCCCAUAAGCGCUUAUUUGCAACUCAAAGAAGUGCCACAGGCGCUUAUUUGCAACUCAAUGAAGAGAUUGACAGAUCGAAGGACGCUGACUUGGCCGUGUAUCCAUUUGGCAUGACUCGAAAGUGCUAUGCAGAGACAAGGCGACGAACUUUAUGGUCGUUAUUUAUGCUGGAACGACUAAGUCCGUUAUUCCCUAAGAGGCCGACGAUGAUCCAUGCCGAAGAUAUACACAUUCGACUGCCAUCUGAUUCAGAGAGUUUCGAGAGGCAACUAGAUGCACGGAUGCUCAUGUUCAACCCAUACGAAAGUAGUUUCAACAACUUCAACGAGAAGUCGUCCGAUAUCACAAGCCACCUCGUUGAGAUAGUCCAUGUUUGGUCAUCUUGCCAGUCAAUAAUUCACAGAUUAGCCAGCAGACCCAAUGGGUCCAACGCUGAAGGUCUGCAAGUCCGCACUCUUACCAAGAGAAUCCACGAUUGGCACUCCGCGCUCCCAUCGAGACUGUCUUUUGGUGCUUCUAAUCUAGAGUUGGCGGCAUUUUCCGGAAAGGUCGGAUCAUUUCUGACUAUGCAUCUCCUUUGCCACCAUGCCCUUAUCCAACUAAACCGAUAUCAUCUGUCUGUUGGUAAACUGUCUGCUGAAUAUCGCUCGAGUCAGUUGCAGGAGUGCCUGGACAGCGCAAGAAAUAUUAUCGAUGUUAUGGGCUGCCUGGAUCGCUUCUUGCGUAUUCGACCAACCAUCCUGAGCACGCCUUCACCAGCCAUGGCCAUCACUGUGACCACUGCCAUGGACGUCUUGACUUUAAGUGGACCCCCCAGUGUCAUGAACGACGUGAUCGAUUGCAUGCGAAUCGCUAAAGCGGCAGUGAAUAGCAGUGCAAACAUCUGGGAACAUGCCCAAACUGCUCAGAUGGCUUUAGAUCAGCGACUCCAAAAGCUAUAUAUAAUUCGGGGCCGUGGCUCCAGAGAAAGUUCUGCUAAUGACUUCUGUGUUACCAACUUCGCCAGCGAUGGGACUAAGCCAGAUCACGGGCAGAUCCUCCGUCGCUUGGAUCAGACAUAUCCCAUCGGUAUGGAUGUGGUAUAUUGCUCUCAAUGA